UUUAUGCAUGGUGGCCAUUCCCAAUAUAGACAGACAGUUAAAAAAUGGAUUAAACAAAUUCCGUAUUCUGUACCUUGGGUUCAAUCUGCGCGUUUUGUAAAAAUCAAAACCGCACUCUCCUAAAAGGAAGAGAAAAGUAUUUUAGUGACAGCCAUGAAUUAUCGCACCAUGCUCCAGCAAUAUUUGUUUCCACCAUUUUCGGACCUUUCUUCUCCCUCAAAUAGAUUAAACCCACUUAUUAUUUUCAUCUCUAUUAUCUUCUUUUUAUCUUCAAAAUCACCCUUUUCCCUUUCCAACAAUCUUUUUAUUUGGGAAUCUUGAUUGUUAGAGUUCUUUUUUCUUUUUUGGGAUUCGAAUGUGAGUCAAGAAAUUCACAAGAUGCAAGAAGGGAAGAUGUUAUUCGCCAGGAUCGAUGAUUCUCCCAUGUUUCGUCAACAGAUCCAAUCAUUGGAGGAAAGUUCUGAGACUUUGAGGGACAAAUGUCUAAAGUAUUAUAAAGGAUGUCGAAAGUACACAGAAGGGCUUGGAGAGGCAUACGAUAGAGACAUUGCUUUUGCCAGUUCACUUGAAAUCUUUGGUGGAGGGCGUAAUGAUCCCAUUUCUGUUGCGUAUGGAGGUCCUGAUAUGGCCAAAUUUGCGAUCGCUCUGAGAGAAAUUGGAACCUACAAGGAAGUUCUUCGGUCACAGGUAGAGCGUGUAUUAAAUGAUCGAUUACUGCAUUUGGCAACCAUUGAUCUUCAAGAUGUAAAGGAAGCUCGGAAGCGUUUUGACAAAGCUAAUGUUGCUUAUGAUCAGGUUCGAGAGAAGUUUUUGUCAUUGAGGAAAAGUACUAGGAUGGAUGUAGCUGCAGCCAUUGAGGAGGAACUUUACAAUGCAAGGUUGAGCUUUGAGCAAGCCCGCUUUAAUCUGGUCAGUGCUCUUUCUGCGGUUGAGGCCAAAAAGAAGUAUGAAUUUUUGGAAGCUGUUGGCAGUAUGAUGGACAGUCAUCUUCGGUUUUUCAAACAGGGGUAUGAACUUUUGCAUCAAAUGGAGCCUUAUAUCAGCCAGGUCUUGGCUUAUUCGCAAAAAGCUCGAGAAAGUUCCAUGUAUGAGCAGGCAGCUCUCAAUGAGAGGAUGCAAGAGUACAAACGGAAAAUAGAUCAAGAAAGGAGAUGUUCGUUCAAUGGGUCUACAAAUGGUGACGUCACACAACCUUUUUCCAGGAGUUCUCACAAGCUUAUAGAAGCAGUCAUGCAAUCUGCUUCUGAAGGAAAGGUACAAACUAUAAAACAAGGAUACCUGUCAAAGCGUUCUUCUAAUAUAAGAGGUGACUGGAAGAGAAGAUUCUUUGUUCUAGAUAGCCGAGGAAUGCUGUACUACUAUCGAAAACAAUUGAGCAGACCAUCUUUUCAGGGUUCUGCCAGCCCCCUCCUUUCAAACAGAUGUUCUUCCCCAGAACCAGGAUCAGGACUGCUGAGUCGUUGGCUUUCUUCUCAUUAUCAUGGAGGUGUACACGAGGAAAAAGCUGUUGCACGACACACAGUGAACCUACUGACAUCAACAAUAAAAGCAGAUGCAGAUCAGUCUGAUCUGAGAUUUUGCUUCAGAAUAAUUUCACCAACAAAGAAUUAUACUUUGCAGGCAGAGAGUGCAGCGGAGCAAAUGGACUGGAUAGAAAAAAUAACAGGAGUUAUUACUUCGUUGCUAAGUUCCCAGACACCUGAUAGGCAUUUCUCUGGUAGUCCCAUUGGCGAAAGUAGUUCUAUAGGAAGUACAAUUGAUCAUGAUCAAAGAGCAAUGGAAGAGUACACAUCUGGGAGAGAUCUUACUGGUAGAUCUUUUAUACGUCCAUCCAAAAGUUCAGUGCACAUCCUCAGCACGAAAAGAGAGAAACCAGUUGAAGCACUAAAACGGAUACCUGGGAAUGAUAAAUGUGCUGAUUGUGGUGCCCCUGGACCAGAAUGGGCUUCUUUAAAUCUUGGAAUUCUUAUAUGCAUUGAAUGUUCUGGUGUUCACCGGAACUUUGGUGUACAUAUAUCCAAGGUAAGAUCUUUGAAACUUGAUGUUAAAGUGUGGGGGCCUUCAGUCAUAACGCUUUUCGAGGCACUGGGUAAUGUGUUCGUGAAUUCUGUUUGGGAGGAGCUGUUGCAUGCAAGAAAAACGUUUCAGGCUGAUGAAAUACCAAUGCGGUUUUUUGAGUCUGAAAAACACAAAGAGUUCUUUGGAAAACCCAGUUAUGCUGAUCAUAUUUCAGUAAAGGAGAAAUUCAUUCAUGCAAAGUACGCAGAAAAACGUUUCAUUCACAAGGUCAAGGACACUACACACCUUCUUUCGGUUGCAGAACAGUUGUGGGAAGGUGUCCGUGCAAAUGACAAGAAAGCUGUAUAUCGUCUCAUUGUUGUCUACCAAGCUGAUGUUAAUGCAGUCCAUGGGGAAGAAGCAUCACCUGGUACGCCUCAAAAUCUAGAGACUUGUUCAGAUUCGAACAAACCUGAUUGUAAUUUCUUCUUUUUAGGCAGUGCUAGUUCAAGCUCAUUUAACCCACAAAGUGAAAGUGAAGAGCAUUGCAUUGAUGAAUUUCUUGAUGGCUGUUCCUUACUUCACCUAGCUUGCCAAACUGCUGAUAUUGGCAUGGUGGAGCUGCUUUUGCAGCAUGGGGCCAACAUAAAUGCUUGUGAUUCACGAGGUCAGACUCCACUGCAUCAUAGUGUUGUGAGAGGAAGAACUGCAACUUCCAAACUGUUACUUGCGAGGGGGGCCAACCCACACAUUGCUGAUCUUGAAGGCAAGACCCCAGCUCACCUUGUCUCAGAAUUAGCCCUUAAUGAUGUGGAGAUUCUUGCCCUCCUGAAAGUUGCAAAUAGAUAGCAGCAGCACAAAGGUCACUCGGAGGUAGAGUUUCCACGUCACACAGAGUGAUGCUUUAUCCUCAAAGCAACGAAGGUUUAAGCUAUCUCGGAAAACAGCUUGCAGGUCUUCAUUCUGCCAGAGAUUUUAAUAUGUGCCGCCCUCAUGGAAUGAAAGAGAAAAAUCUCUUUGGGUUGGCAAAUUGGAGCCAAGAUGAUAAUAAUACAGAGUGCCAAGUUACAAAGGAUGUUUUGUUUGCUGCUUCAAGAUGCAUAAUACACUUCAUAUAUAAUUCCUUGCACAGCUUACAGAAUUAGACAGUAGAUUAAGUUGUACAUAGUUUGUUACUGUAAAUUAUCUUGAGAUACCAGAAACUGAAGAUGUGCAAAGUGAGGUUUUUUUUUUCCCAGCUAUAUAUAUAUAUAAAGCAAACUCAUGUUGAUCAAUUAUUAAUACUUGUUCCGGUUU